AUGUACCACCCAAACGUGUCGCUGCACUCGCUCAACGACCAGAAUCUAUACGAGAUAUCCAUCGGUACUCUGAAACUGAAGAAAAAAUAUCCCGGAAUACCACCUAGAAGGGUUGGACUGACCUCUUCGCUUGCCACAUUAAGUGAGACGAAAAGACCCGGUGAUUACUAUAUCCAGAAGCUUGGAAACAGCUCUUCGAAUUUGCCUCGGGUCAGAAGACCUGCCUCGGGGAUCUCUGUCACAAGCUCCGACACUUCUAAGGACUCGGAUGACGUCUCUCUGUUGGCUUCAUCGCAGUUUGAUCCUCCAGACUCUCGUUUAAGUUCCAUGACCAUGAACACACUUUAUCUGACAAAAAACGCAGACAGUAGCAUAUCGAAGCCGGUUUCCGAGAAAAAUACUCUUGCAGAGGAGGAUGUUGACCAAAUGAGCGCAUCAAUCCUGACGAUUACUUUAGAAAACGACGUGUCUGCUUCAGAUUUGACUGAUGUGAUACCAAAUAGAAUGGUCAAGCCCAAGCUCAGAGCGAUGUCGACAUCGAGCGUCAUGGAUCUGCAUCUGAUCGUGCCACUUUCAAAGACGAGAACAGUCUCGUCAUCGUUCUUGUUGACGCGGACCAAAACAAAGUACUACAAUCCCAAGGAGAAAAAAGAACGCCAGCAGCUACGCAAAAAGGUGUAUGAUGAUUUUGACAACGAUGAUGAGAUUCUCUCCAAUGACUUAGAUUUGGUUUUCAAUGUUCCAGUCGUCAAAAACUUUGGAGAAAUGUACCGUUAUCGUCACCAUUCCUCGUCUUCAAUGCUCUCGCACAACGAUCUUUCUAUGGAUGACGAUAACAAAUACCACCCACACAGCAACAUGGCUUCCAUGAAACCAUGUCCGCUUCCUGGCCGUCUCAACCACUCCACUUUGAGUGUUGACACUACUUUGGGCUCGAUGCCUGAGCAUGCGCCAUACAACACGCUGGAGGAGUUCGCCGAAGAAGGAAAUCUGUUUCCUUUUGCACAUGAUAAUGACGGUGAGAUAUCUCAGAACAUUUCGGAGUUUUACGGACAGAGGUCCAUGUCUUACUCGAAGUUGGUGAAGCAAUCACGAGAGGCGCACAUGGUUUACAAGCUUCCUAAUUAUAUCCGUUCACAGAGCUCCAUCGAUGAUCUUACGCUCAUGUCACCAGAGAAGCUUGAGAUGAUAGAUCAGUCAAGACCCAUCAACUUACCUCCCAAGUGUGCAUCCGAUAAAGUUAAACACAACAAGGAGUUUAAGCGAGUAUUAUCCGGUUUUGAAAUCAAUUCCAAGCAGCAAAAUGGAGCUAGAAGAAAACUUGGAGAACUGUUCAUUUUGAAUCAACAAGUUUGGUUCAAGUUGAUGAUUACCAUUAAUGAUGAUAAAGAAUUUGCAGGCAAGUUAUCAUACGAGAAGGAGAAACUUAGGAAAGUUGCUUGGGAGUCAUUGAUAUCUGAAAAGUUCUGCUUUGAUUUCUUUAUGAAAGUGUUGACCUUGAAUUCAGCAGAGGGCUACAGUGAUCAAGUCAAGAAGAAUUUGGCAGCACUCGAGACCAAAUAUCAGUCUUUAUCAGCUCAGAUGAAGGCCAUGAAGGAUUCAGAAUUUGAUAAAGUGAUCAACCUUGUUCUUCUGCGACCAGUUUACGUAAACUUCAUUCGGGAAGUUUCCAAUAGAAAAGAUUCGGAGUUUGAUAUCGAUGCCUUCAAAGCUAACUACAAACAUCUUCUUUAUCUCAAAUCGUAUUCUGAUGGUGGAUUGAAAAAGCAUCAUGAGAUCUUUAUUAUACCCAUGUUUUUGAUCUUUUUCCAGACCCAAGAAACAUUUGAGAAUAUUUGCAUUUUGAUUGAGCUAUUUGACAAGAACGUUUUCAACGAAGAGAUCCUCGGAGAUUUGAACAAGAAGUUGAAGAAUUGGAAGGACUUGUCUGGUAUGUCAACAUCGAGCAUGCCUUACAAGAUUCUAAGCAAGUUCGACAGCUUAAAAGAAUUCGAAUAUUUGAAUUCCGGAAGUUUUUUUGAGCUUCUUAUUCAACUUAAUGACAAGCUUCCGUUGAGCUUGAGUGCUCCAUCCACACCUAUUGUUUCCCAAGGGGGCUUUGCACAAUUGACAUCCGCCAAACAAUCGGCAGAGUUUCUCGAAGGUGCCAAUGGUAACCUGGCUACAAGUUCUGCGGAGAGCUUGGCGGAUCUUAAUUUGUCUUCGAUUUACUACAAGUCAUCAUCUUUGAGUUUGGUUGGCAUCUUCUUGCAACUUCUUGUGUUGUAUUCCAAUUCUCCAAAGAGCAAGAAGCUGAACUUUCUUAAGAUGUAUCAAGCAUGCUUACUUACCGUAUUCAAAUUCUACCAUAUCAAUUGGAAUAGCACUGGAGAACUUGUGAGGGGAAAUCAGUCUAUCAGACUCAACCACUCCAGUGAUGAAAUGAUGAACUUGGAAUCCUUCCUCGACAAAUGGAAGGAAAUCUUUAAGAAAAUGUAA